AUGCUAGGCAGCCACAGCACUGCUCCAUUGCAUACCGCUACAUUUCUGGAUCAUGCCACUCGCGACGACAAGGCUGUGGCUCAUGAACGCCGCCUAGCGCUAGCUCUCGACAUCGAUCAAGCAGCUCGGAUCCUGCUACAGAAUCCCACUGUGGAAGAGAAGGAUGUCAACGCGAAACCCGAACACAGUCCGUUUGUAUGGAAAAACAGCGUGUGGGCCCGAGAUGCGGAAUCUUGGCAUAUCGCGUUCAAAUCUGGCGGGUUACUCGAAAGCGACAAAGCAAUUCCAACCGUCCCUUUCCGGGUUCUUGACGCCCCUAAUCUCAAAGACGACUAUUAUUGCUCUAUACUCGCCUACAGUCGGACUUGUCACUCGUUAGCUGUCGCCCUAGGUCAAAAAGUCUAUCUCUGGACGGAACAGUAUGGUGUGCGUUCUCCUCCGUUGCCCCCAAGCCGACCAACGAAUUUUGUGACUUCUUUAGCUUUCUCGUCUGAGAAGGGAGGCAAGGCGAUCUUAGCCGUCGCCAAGAACAGCGGAACAGUCACAUUAUGGAGUUUGCUGGAGAUAAGACCUCGUUUCGAUGCUCCUCACCCUUGUGCAGCAUCCUGCGUGUCAUUCAAACCUGUCGAGACGCAGAGACGAUCUGUCACGGGGAAUGACAUGGUCAUGUGCGAAGAUUUGCUUGUCGGAGACGACUCUGGCAUGAUCUACUAUUAUUCGCUAGAGUGGCCAGAGUUUGCUCCCGGGUCCAUGACACUACUGGCCAAACUCGACGCCCACACCCAGAACAUUUGUGGUCUCGCGUGGUCUCUGGAUGGCAUGCAGUUUGUCUCUGGUGGCAAUGAUAACCGGGCUCUCCUUUUCGACCCAUCAGACUUUCUCCAUGCAGAUUAUCAGAGACAUGUUUCCCAGAAUGUCCUGGACCAAGCGUUAGCUAUAUUCAAUGAUCUUGGCCUUCCCACGCCCCCGGUUUCGCCAGAGAGAUACCGAUCGACAAGCCACCGAGAAUUCUCGAACUUCAACACAGGAUCAGCCAACAACAUGCAGAAUUUUGGCAUGGACACACCACCUCUGACUCCUCCGGGCCGGGGGAGGGCAGGCGGUCGUUCUCCUUCCACAACCUCCUUUCAGACGCCUGGUUAUCCCAAUGCGUCGAUCCUUCGCAAUGCACUCGUGGAUCCUAGCAUCCCCGGACAAGCUAAUGCCCAUGUUCAUCCUUUCUAUCACACCGCAGCUGUUAAGGCCAUUGCAUUUGCUCCGUGGCAGCCGAAUCUGCUUGCGACUGGGGGUGGAAGUAAUGAUCGCCAGAUACACUUUUGGCACACAGGAUCAGGAGCGGCUUUAGCCUUGAUCAAUGUCUUCUCGCAAGUCACGAGCCUGGUGUAG